GGGACAUUUUGAACAAUCGUGUUGGUGGAAAUACACACAUAUAUAUUUUUUUCCAUCCAGUAUUUUUAGAAGAAUGAAACGGUUUCCUGUUGCAAGGUGGAGGUCUGAGUAUUUUUCAUUCUGCAACUCCGGUAUCGAAACAGGUCGGCUCCCUGUGAGAAUUCAUGGAGCUCAACAUACGGAACCACUCAGUUUAAAAAUAAUAGAAUAAAAUUACAGCUUACUUUCACAGAUUAAUAAGGAUUCAGAGACUGUCCUGUGGUUGAAACCAUGCUGCGAUGGACAACAACAUCCUUUUGCACCUACUGGCUGCAUAUUAGGCCUUUCUUCCUACCCAGAACACACUGUUCCACACUCAGUUCCAGUCAGGUGGAGAACAAAUUCACUGUAGACCGUUUAUCUCACUUGUCUGUAGACAUUGGGAAAAUUCGCAAGUUGAAAGGAUGGGUACUGUUUCAGAGUCCUACAUAUGUCAAUGAGACAGCUAGGCUUUUGCGUGAUUUGGGUGCUAAUAAGGAAACAAUUGGACGUAUUCUGGAGCAGCAUCCAGAAGCGGUUCUGUGCACUCCUGAGGAAUUACAGGCUCAACAUGAGCUGUGGACGACUGUCUGUCCCAACAGUAAAGACCUUCUGGGUAUAAUUGAGAAAUUUCCAGCUUCAUUUUUUACUGUCAGUCACUAUGCUAAUCAGAAGGCCAAUAUACAGUUUUUUCAGAGCUUACAUUUGAACAAGCGCAUCAUCAGCAAAUUAAUGGGUAGUGCUCCGCAAAGCUUCAGCAGACCAGUGGAGAAGAACCAGGAAAUGAUCCAUACCUUAAAGGAGUCGUACCUUCGUCUUGGGGGCAGUGAGAGCAACAUGAAGAUUUGGCUCCAGAAGUUACUCAGUCAGAACCCUUUCAUACUGAUUAAACCCCCAGAGGUGGUAUGGGAGAAUAUCCAGUUCUUACAGGACAGGGGGUUCUCUGCUGUAGAGCUCCUCCACCUAGUGUCCAAACUGAAGGGCUUCAUCACAGAACUUAGCCCUAAAAGCAUGCAGAACAUCCUUACUUAUUCCCUGGAGACUCUACAGUGCUCUGAGACCGAACUAAGGGUGAUUAUCCUCAAGUGCCCUGGGCUCCUUAAUUAUCCUGUGCCUGUUCUAGAUGACCGUUUGAAGGGACUAUUUGAAGCAGGCAUCAGUUUAGACCAGAUCAAAGACACACCUACAAUCUUAGAGCUGACCACACAAAUUGUGCUCUACCGUAUACAAAAACUGGAGUCAUAUGGUUAUAGCAUUAAAACAGGAAGCCUGGAAGCUCUGGAUGGGACAAAAAAAGACUUUGAAAUGAUGUAUGGAAGACUGAAACUGAGACAGGAGCGUCCGAUCUUUAACCCUGUUGCCCCAUUAAGGAGCACGGAGGAAUGAUCUUUACAGCCCUUGAAUGAGAAGAAAGGAAACAAGUUUGAGCAGUUCUUCAUGCCACAGUGAACUACUCUGUCACCUGAUGUAUUAAAUUUGUUUUUUUUUUUUGGUUCUGGAAAGGACCAAACAUAUAGUCGUUUGUCCUGUGUAACCAUAAAUCAGGUAUUUGCAGUCUUUAAUGGCUUUUGUGGGCUCUGUACCUGUGACCAGAAUGUCACUGGUUUAAAUCCUGUGGCCGGCAGUGAUGAAAUCAUUCUAAAACAAAAAAACGAAUAGUCCACUCUUUCACACUGUUGUCACACAUGCUAGCUUGUGUCUUAGCAAAUGGCAGUUGACCUUUGAUGCGUGAUAUAUUCACCUAAAGCAGGUCCUGGCAGAUAGCCACGCAUGUCCUUGCAGAUGUGUAGUGUUUAGGAAGUGAUAUGCAGAAUCAUAAUUCGAAAAAAGGGGGGACCUGGUACUGGGUAUUUUCUCAUCUGUUCAUUUGGAACCUCAUUUUGGUUUCCUAACUCUAAUCACCACUUAGUGUUGAGUUGGAUUCAAUAGUGGGGGAAGAUGCUGGAUAUACCUAGUAGACCCAAAUGUAUAGUGAGGGAGUGCUGGGAGUGUCUGCCAGAAGCCUCCGUCCAGGAGAUCCUGCACCUCCAGUAGAACGUUGAGACAUUGGACAUUGAGCCUGAAUGGGCCAUGUUCUGGGACUCCAUUGCAGAAGCGGCUGUGCAAAGCUGUGGCCAUAAAGUUGUCGGCGUCGGUCGAGGUGGCAAUCCCCAAACCCGGUGGUGGACACCAGCGGCAAAGCAAGCUGUCAGGCUGAAGGAGGCCUUCUGAGCUUGGCUAGCUUGUGGGACUCCGGCCGAUACCUGCCAGCUAAGUGGAAAGUGGCUGUGGCUGUUACUGAAGCAAAACUCAGAUGUAGGAGGAAUUUGUCAGCCUUGAAAAGAUGCUGGCAGAACAUCAGGCGACUUAGGAGGGGGAAGCAGGGCUUCACUGAAGCGGUUUACACCAGGGAUGGACCUCAAUUGGGGAUUUAGUCAGGCGGUGGAAGGAGCAUUUUGAGUGCAUCCUGAAUCCCACUUAUACACCUUCUUUGGAGGAAGUAGAGCUGGAAGACUCAGAGGAGGAUCUAUGGCCGAUUUAUACCCGAUGCUCACAACGCGUCCGUGUGUGCAUCAUGGCUGCCACUCGUUUUCUGCAUUGAUUCUAUGCGUCAUCUGUGAAAAAUUAAUGCUACAUGUAAACAAGAUACAGUACCAUCAGAAAUCUUGGGGGGCAGUACGGUCAUCUUUUGUCACAAGACUAUGGGUUUAUGUACAGUGUAUAUAGUUAGCAUUAAAGUAGAAUCAUUUUUUGCUUUUUUUUUAAGAAUGAGUGGCCAGAAGAUAUUCAAAACUAAGCAGGAGAGAAAAUGUUCCAAUCACUAUUAUGUCCCUCUUUGUCCAACGUUUUGCGGUAUUAAUCACAAUUCCUUUCCAAGAUUAAACUAUUAAAAAUACACUAAAGUUUACCGUCGCUACUUUUGCAUGAGCCAGUUUUCCUCCAGUCAAUCCUACUCAUUUUCAUCCUUGCCGUUUAAAUCACUCAUUAGUAGAUGUGUUUUUGCGAAAUUUGAACUAAGUUUUGCUUUUCAUUGUAUAGAAAUGGAUUUUUUCCAAUAUCAUGUAGCCAUAAUACUAAGAAUGAAAUACUAUCUCCUACGAGGUUUCCAAAGACAUGCAACACAACAUUCGACACUGGGGUAGUGAAGUAGCAGAGCGGAGAACCAAUACGAUGUGGAGCAUGGAGGAGAACUGCAGCAGUUACGAAAUGACCAACUCGCUAUGGAGGCACAUUUCAGGGUCUUCACAAGAAGACGGAAUAAGGGAGAGCGAGAUCAAAAGGAGGACCAGUGCAGCCUCAGCAGUAAUGCGGACACUGUACCACUGCUCCAUUCUGUUGUGGUGAAAGAGUUAAGGUGG